AUGGAUUUUUUUCUCACCAAGGUAUCGCAGCAAGCAGUGUCUUUUGCCAUCAAAUCGGGAAUCACCGUAACAACCACGUUUGCUUAUCAUCAAAUUGGACGGUACAUUGCAUCAACCAGAGGGAAAGACCGACAAGAAUUGCUUUCUCUCAAAGAACGAUUGCAAACGAAGAUUGAUAUCAUUUCACCGGCUAUCGAUCUAGUGGAAAUCAUCUCAGCUAGAGGGAAUACAUCUCUUGAGAGUGCCUUGACACUAACUAAGGCAAUACGGCAUGAUAUCAAAUCUCUUGGUGUGCGCUUGUCGGACCUCUCGAAUCAAAAGGAAGGUAGAAAACGGCCCAAAAACCAGGACGAAAUCAAAGGAGUUGUGCGUGAUAUUAAAGACCUACUCGAAAAGAUAGAAGAUGCCGUUCCAUUUAUCAGCUUAGCUGUCACAACAUCUGGAGUGGAAUUGUCAUCCAAUAUUCCCCAUAAUGUUUCACCGUCCCGGCUACUCCAGGCAUCGACUUUACUUACUGCUGGUGACACAGCUUAUGCCCUCAAUCCUUUCAACCCUGCACAAAUAGGCACAACAUUCACCCUGAGCCUCUAUAUGCUUUUUGCUAGCCACUCACAUCGGCAAGAGCAUAUCUCUGCCAAAGACCUUACUUGGAAAGAGGUUAUCUACAGGUGCAGGGUGAAGUUACAGAGGAUUCCACUAGUUUAUGAUGAGGAUGAUGACGGCUAUAGUUCAAAGCACCUACAAGCUCGAACCAAAAUUGAGGAGUAUUACUAUGAACUAUGUCUCAUCGAAGACCUGGAUGAUGGGCGGGUUCAUGAAUUGGAAGAACUGGGGCAACAACCAGGGUCUUAUGAAGACGUUCUAAAUGCUGGGCUGAGGACGCGAAUUCCGGUUCAUGAGAUCUCGAAGCUUUUCUACACAAAUUCUGGUACACUUCUCGGUAUAGAAGACUCCAAUUCUCCGAUUCUUCUAUUAAAACGGGAUAUCAAUGCCCCACACCCACGUAAGCUUAUGGAUAGAAUCCAAGCAUAUCAUAAUGAAUACGAGGACAGUGAAGAAGAACAUGAUGAGGGUUAUGCUCUAGAUAUGGGGGAAGGUGGGUCAAUUCGGACCGAGGAUGGACCAAUUUUGCCUGACGAAUAUGAACUACCACGCCAUCUUGAUCCUGAAUGGCUUGCAUUUGAGAUCUUCACCGAAUCCAUUGGUGAUGAAGGUAUCACAGAAAACGGCUCUGAAUAUGACUCAGAAGAAGAUGUAUCAGAACAUUAUGCAUCUCCUCCGUCUCCACAACCUGGUAUAGGGUCUGUAGUCACCAAUUCAUCUAUGAAGAGUUCGGAUAUCCAUCAUGGCUACUCGACUCCGUCUCGUCCUUGCAGUUCACAAGAUGUGAAGUCUAAUCUUUCCGUCCUUGAGUGUCUGCUCCGUUUGACCGCUCUCCAAAACUACCAGCAAGCGUCACACUUAACGGUACACGAUGAACUUCUGAAUCUUUUCCUUUCAGACUCUGCUCUAUCGGGCUCAAGGGAGAUCAGACAGUUGGAACGGGAGAACGCUCGGAGAAGAAUUGGUUUCGACCCCUUCGGCUCGUCGGAGAAGAAAAGGCAACUACCACCAUCAAAUAUAAAAAAGGAUUCAAAAUUAAGGAGUAUCCAGCUUACCGAAACUCCUCCAAGAAAAGGAUUACACGAAAUGCAUAUAGGUAAGGGGGAAGACGUACAAGAAUUUUCGGGUAUCUCUCGGGGGGGUUGGAGUCUCCCGCUGCUCCAAGCUCUGGUGGAAAAACUAGAGAGUUGGUUGGUUCCAACAUUGCCUCAGUAA